AUGUCGGAUUCCCACCACAUCCGGCACCUUGUCGACACUGUUCUCGAUAACCUCCAGUACCAGCAUGACUGGACUCAACUGCAGGUUCUCACUCAUUCGCCUGUGGACGGCUCACCUCUUCCGCGACCCCUGAUCUCCGGACUACCUCUUCGCCGACUGUACCUACAUCCGGAUGACCAACUCGAGAUGCUAAAGGCUCAUCCCAAACCGGAGGACCGUCUCCCGGAGACCCCAGAGAUCGAAUGGGUACUGCCAACUCACCUGGCCGAGAAGUGGUCACUCAAGUCAUUUGCAAGUGUCUUCGAUUCCAUGCCGGCACAGGCACCAUCGCGCCCAGAGCGGCCCAAGAGGAUUCUUCUGGCUACGAUACAUGACGAUUCUACCAUCGUGUACUACUUCAUGCAUGACGGCCUUGUCAAGCCCCGUCAAAAUUAA